AUGAAGGUCGCGUAUAUUCUCCCAGCGUUCCUGUCUGUCGCGAAUGCCGGCAUGCACAUUAACUACUACUCGGACACCAACUGUCAGAACUGGAUCGGCCAGAAGAAUCUUGGCCAAGGAUGGGGCGACCAGACCUUCACUUCUCUUCAGGGCACGCAUAGCGCCUUGCCUGUAGAGACAACUGGUUUCUAUAAAAUCGAGUUUUACGAUCAAAACAGCCCUAAUCCUAAGUACACGAGGUUUGAUGGCCAAUGCUGGGGUACUACCGGAAAGGUUGUGACCCAUAUCAAGCCUUGGUAA